AUGGUGUAUUGCCACUGCUUCGCCUGCAGAAGCUACCGACACUGCUUCAGCCUUCUGGAGGCGAUGUUCUGGGCGCAGAGCUGCGGAUUUGUGGCGGCUCUUGCGGCGGAAGGCUUCUGGCAGGGAUUCCAGUCGUGGCCGCCUGUGGCCGCUUUUUGCACCAUGCUGGCGUUCUUUGGCCUGCUCUUCAUGUUCCUCACCAAUGUGCUUUCCCAAUUCUCGCGCAUGGAUAUGGCACCGUUGCUGGCGGCUGCCGUCACGGCGGGCCUCUUCUUGCUAUGGAGCAUGACCUACUUCGAGGCGUUUGCAGAUGCGCCGUUGCUCUGGUUCCUGAAGUACAUACUGCAGGUGCAGAAUUUGAGGUUGCUCCUUCUGCAGUGGCCCACUUUGCUGGUGGUAGGCGUCAUAUGUGUGGAGCUACUCUCACAGAAGCUGCUCCAUACAAACCCCUCACCGAAGGAGAGGCACUUUGUCCGGAAGUCGUUUCACGGCCUCGCCAUCGUCCUGUUUGCUCCGCCGCUGAUGUCAGGGCAGGAUGAAUUCCUGGCGUUGUCUUUGCUGGUGGCCACAUUGCUUUUUAUCGCCUUGGAGGUUGGAAGAUGCUGCGGUGCGCCUUUGAGCGAUGUUCAGAACAGAUACCUGGCAAAGUUCUUGGACAAGAGGGAGGACAUCACUCGAGACCUAGUGCUGACACACCUCUAUUUACUCUUGGGAUGCUCUUUGCCAGUAUGGCUGGAGACGUGGCGCCCUCCAUCCGCGUCUUCCAACCUUCGCAAAUAUGCUGGGCUCUUGCUCAUUGGUGUGGGUGAUUCCUGUGCUGCGCUUUUCGGCAUCCUCUACGGUCGCCUCCGCUGGCCUUCCUCGCAUCGCACCUUCGUGGGCUCCACGGCCUUCGCAGUUUCGGUGACCCUCGCUGCUGCGCCGCUGAUGGCCGGGUGGCCCUACUUUGCGCUGGCAACGGCGGCGACAACUCUGCUCGAGGUCUACACCCAAAGCAUUGACAACCUGGUGUUGCCACUCUUCUUUUGCGCUGCUUACACGGCGAUGCUGCCAUGA